AUGGAUUGCAUAGCACUUGCACAGCGCCUUGCCAACAAAGGACCAAGGACACAAGCUCCUAUUGCACCAGUACAGAACAGAUUCAGUGCAAAGAGAGUUACACAGAAGGCAGAAAAUCAAGAUGCAAAUGGCUCAGAUGGAAAGAAAGCCCAUUUCGAUUCUAAUGACUCUGCACACUACAUCCCACCAAUCGAGGAAAUCUUCACAGAUGAAAACUUGAUGAGAUACUUCAAGAGAUUCCUUACAGAAAGGAAGACAGAGGGUGUUAUCGAGUUCAUUGAGUAUGCCAGAGAGUACAAGGCCAACUAUCCACCAAAUCCACAGAAACAAGUUAAAGUUCACAGAUUAGUCAUGGAAAAGCUUGGAUCUUUACCAUCUAACUUCAUUAAGAUUGCUACAUCUGCUCAUGAAGAUAUGAACCGCGUUGGAAGGUCUUCAUUUGACAAGGUUAACAAAUUACUUCUUGAUGCACUUAACGAGAAGGAAUAUAAGGCAUUCUUGAAGUGCCCAUACUUCUCUAAGUGGAUUCUUAAGUACCACAAUGUUGACCAAUAA